AUGCCUGGAGGACGAGGGGCGAAGAAGAGUGGACGCGGUGACGGAGGACGUACUGAGGCGUCACGUCAGUCGCGUCGUGUUCAAGGUAUGGAGCCUGAGGAGCACAAGGACCUGGAAACAGUCGUCCGCGACGCUCGGAAGGCGAAGAAGGCUGCUCGCGAGAGCGAGGCAGUGCAAGGUGGGGACGUCGAGGCGUCUGCAGUCCAAGGUUCGACGGAGGUGAAUUCUGGGUCGCGGAUUCCUGAAGUCCCAGAGGAGCACACCCGCGAGGGUGGUGUUCAGGCGUCUGAGGGAGGCGCCAAUGCGGUUGAGCCCCCGGAGGUGGUUGACUUGGUCUCAUCUUCGGACGAGUCUGUUGUGGAAGUGAAGUCGGAGCCCGUGCGAGCGAAGGAGGAGGCGAAGACUCAGAGUUCCAAGAGUUUCAGCGCCAAGUUCGCAAGCGGCACGCCUGAAAGCGACAUCCGGGAAGCUGCUGCGCCUGCUCCGGAAUCGGGAGCAGCGGCGUUGGACGCCGGGAGCAUGGUGCUGUACGUUCGACGUGAAGUUGGACGCUGGGAAGAGGUGAAUCCUGGGAAGGUGACGCCACCAAGUGUCGUUUAUGAGUGGCUGACUCCGAAACCGGAUGCCAACUCGUACUUCGCGGCCGCGUACGCAACGGGAGACUACCUCAAGUGGCGUUUGUCUCUGGAGGAUCAAGAUGAAGCCUGGAUCCCUGAGUUUCACCUCGCCCGGUGGGGCGUCGGAACUGCUCAGGAUCUCAUGGCGACUACGAUUCCCCAGAGUAUCAUGACCACCCGCGAGUGCGUCGCCAUUCUGCAGACUCUGUUCUUCGAAGCCGGAUUUGAGUUUGUCAAUUUGAUCCCUGGCUGGUCUUUGACGCGUGCUUCCAGGAUUCCAGAAAGUCUGGUGCGCUCUAUCAUGGAGGAAACCCAGAAUUUCAUCGCCGUGGAACUGGUCGAGUGGAGAUUGGUGAUAGCUGGUGUGCCUUUCAGGGUAAACUCUGAAGAUCACGCCGCACCAAGCGCCCAAGAGCAAGCACCAAGACUGGACUACCACAAGGAAGAUGGAGACGAUGAUCUAUUGAUGACGGACUACGAUGCGGAUCUACUGGGCCGACAGUUUGUCCUGAGAUUCAGAGUCACUGGACUCAGGAUUUCACGGAGCCCACGAGGGUCGAGUGAUGCGUACAAGUCUUCGACUGGUGCCUCGCUUCAGAAUUCCACUCCCCUGAACUCCAUGUCCAAUGGACGUGAUUCUCUGGAGGCGGAAGCCAAGGAAGCUACCCCAGGCGCGGUGCCGAGUGUCAUCGGUACCUCGCGCGCUUCGGAUGAGAGUACUGCCUCGGGCGUUCAAACGUCUUAUGCUGCCGGUGAUCUUGGAUUUCAGGUUACCCGGACAGUCAUCCCGUCGCGUAUUGUGUCAGUCGACCAAGGUGACGUUGAGAUGGCAUCGUCGGUGCACUCUGACGCAGAGAUCGCACCCAGGAAGGCCGGUCUCCCCAGGAUUUCAGCCACGACUUCCGAGCCGAAACUCAGGGUUUCUGCCUCGAUUGCUGGAUUUGGUGGUCCAAGGGAUGUCAGCGCCGAUGAGCGGAGUCAACACCAGAGCUCUAAGAGCGAGAAAAUCAUCUGCGUCGAGCCGCUCGAGUGGAUCCAGGAAUCUUGGGUCAGUUUCGUCCGUGUCCGCGAGGUCUGGGCCCGCCCAAUCGAGCUGAACGUCUUGCGACAACAGCAGGAGUGGCAGGCCCGCAUGGAACAGGAGCAACGCGAGUUUCUCGCCAGAGAACGCCUGGAUGCCUUGGAGCGCGAGCGCCUCAGGGAACAACGUGACCUGGACGCGCGUCGCCAGAUCCAGGAACUUACGGAUCGCUUGGUCCACGCUGAGAUCGCCCGAGGAGAAGCGGAACGGCGUGCGCAGGACGUGGAGGCUCGCCAGACCCAGUGUUCCACUGAAACUCAGGGGAUGACCCAGAGUAUCACGGAAGCUGUACGUCUUGAGCGUGAGCGCCUGGAUGCCGCCUACGCCGAGCGCUGGCAACAGCACGAAGCCGAAGCCGACUCGGAGCGCGCGCGCUCGGUUUCCGAGACCUACGCCGGUUGGAAGGAACAACUGUCAACUAUGGAGCAGGUCCAAGAACUUGAGGCGGAGAAAGAGCGAGAGCGGGAGUCUUCCGAGAAUAUCCAGCGCUUCCACGCCGGCCAAGUGCGCGACCUUCGUGCAACAUUGGCCCAAAUUCAAGCGCGUCGCGCAACCGGCGCCCCUGAUUUGGCAACAAAUGUGAGGUCGUCAGUGGCUCAGAACCCUGAAGUCGCAACCCGACCCCAAGAAUCCAGUGGCCUAAGAGCGACCCUCGCGCAGACUUCCGCCGACACUUCCGGCAGAAUCGCGCGCGUCAAGCGGGGACAUGGCGCUACGGAGACCAAGGUGACGCAGGAUGUCAAGCUCGAGCCUGUGUCUCUGGGGAAGACGUCGGAUCCCAGGAGAACAGCGACCUCUAAGGCCUCGCAGGACUCUAAAACAGACUCCAAGCGCUCUGCACCCAAGAAACACCAGCAGAAGAAGAAGAAGCGUCAGGAUGUCAAUCCACCCUCUGACUCAGAUCCAAGCUCCGAUUCCAGCGAUGAUGACUCGUCCUCUGAGAGUUCGGAUGACAGUUCGGACGGGAACCCUGGGGUUAACCUGACGACGGCCUCUACGGCUCAAGCUGGCACUACGCUCCUGACGUUCAGACCGUACAUCAACUCGAAUACUCUGGGUGAGUUCGAUACUAUGGCGUCACUCAGGGAACGCGUGCAUUGGUGGAAGCGUUUUGCGAACAUGGCGGCUCAGGGAGGUUGGUCUACGAAGAUGCGAAUUCAGGAACUCAAGUUCAAACUCUCGGGAGCUGCGCGUGACUGCUUCAACCAGUUGCCCAAACACACUCAGCGUGACUGGAAGGAGUUGGUGUCUACAUUCAGGAAGAAGUACUGCAAAGCGCGCUCGUCGUACUCUGAACGUUACUUCACGAUGGAGAUGAAGAACUCAGAGAGCGCCCUGGAUUUCUUUUAUCGUCUGAAUUCCGCCGCUGGGAAGGCUGACAUUGACUUUCGCAAGCCUUCGAAGCGCCUGGGGAAACAUAUCCGGAGGUUCAUCAUGAAACUCAGGGACACGCGCCUCAAGACGUCGCUGCAGGGCCAGAGAUUCAGGAGUAUCGCUGAUCUAGAGUACGCCCUGGAACAGGACGAAGAUGUCUGGAGCCGCAGCGACCAUGACGCUCCGCCACCCAGAGUUCGUGACUUUCGUGCCGACAACAUUCCUCAGGGACGUUUCAAGCCGAAGCGACAAGGACGUGCGUAUGUGACUAGGGGUGAUGUCUCUGACUCUGAGUCCGACGAAGACCCUGAAAUUCACGCGCGUUUCCAGGAAAUCACGGACGAACCCAGAGUUUCAGCCCGAAGCACGAGCGCGAAUUCAGGGUCAACUCGUGAGAUCUCUGGAGAAGAAGCUUCUACGCCUAGCGCUGGGAGUCUGGCGAGUAUGAAGGGUGCCGAGUGGACUCAGACGCUGACGAACGAGGUCUAUCGUGUGAUGGAUAACAUGGGAUGGCGUCCACCGAACGCCCAAUCAGGACCGAACACGAACUCUGGAUUCCGUUCCCCUCGCCGCGAAAACCCGAAUUGGGACAAGUUCUGCGAGAAGUGCGGCAAGUGGGGCACCCAGAGGAAAACUGCUGGAAAGACGUGA